UCUUGUUUUUGUUUAUAUAUUGUAAGGCAUAGCCCACUGUUAUGCUUUCUUUGGUUAAAAAAAGAAAGGAAAUUGAACAUGUGGUUUGUGGAGGGGAAAAACAAUUUAUUAUCUAUAUUUUUAGGAACGUGUGGCUGUCUUUUGUUGUGUUAAUAUUGCACUUGUAUUGAGUCUUUUGUAUAGAAAUCCUUCAUCUAGACCAAGCACCAACCAUGGAGCUUCAAAGCCAUUUUUCUAAUUUUACUUUCAUGGCAACUUUUCUCUUCCUCUUUAUGCUAUUCAUAAUAGUUAAAAAAUGGAGUACUUCUAAAAAUUCCAUAACCAAUUUACCACCAGGACCAUGGACACUGCCCCUCAUAGGAAACAUACACCAGAUUAUCAGCCGCUCACUUCCUCAUCAUUCCUUGAAAAAUUUGGCAGAAAAAUAUGGACCAUUAAUGCAUAUAAAACUAGGAGAAGUACCAUACAUAAUAGUUAGUUCACCAGAAAUGGCCAAAGAGAUUAUGAAAACACAUGACCUUACCUUUUGUGAUAGGCCAAACCUUCUUUUGUCUACAAUAUGGAGUUACAACAAUACUGAUAUUAUAUUCUCUCCAUAUGGAGAACAUUGGAGGCAAAUACGAAAGAUAUGUGUUAUAGAGCUAUUAAGUGUAAAGCGUGUUCAAUCAUUUAGGUACAUAAGAGAAGAAGAGGUUUCAAAUCUUGUUAAAUCAAUCUUUGCAAGUGAAGGAUCUGUAGUUAAUCUUACUGAUAAGAUUUUGUCAAUGACAUAUGGGAUAACAAUGCGUGCGGCUUUUGGUAAAAAGAGCAAACACCAACGAUCGUUCAAAUUAGCAAUACAGGAAAUAGCACGUUUGUUGGGAGGAUUUUGUAUUGCUGAUUUGUACCCUUCAGUUAAAAUACUUCAAAGGGUGAAUAGGACGAAGACCAAGAUUGAAAAGGUUCAUAGAGAGAUCGAUAUGAUAUUGCAAGACAUCAUCGACGAUCACAAAAGUGUUCACAAGGAAGCAAACAAGGAUGAAGAUCUUGAUCUAGUUGAUGUUCUUCUCAAGAUUCAACAGGAAAAUGAUCAGUCACAACUUCCCUUGACUGAUGAUAAUUUGAAAUCAAUCAUUCAGGACAUGUUUAGUGCUGGUACUGAAACAUCGUCAAAUGCGGUGUUAUGGGUGAUGUCUGAGAUGGUAAAGAAUCCAAAUAUAAUGGAAAAAGCACAAGCUGAAGUAAGAAGAGUGUUUGAUAAAAAUGGGUAUGUCGACGAGACAGAGUUGCACCGAUUGAUAUACUUAAAGUCUGUGAUCAAAGAAACAUUGAGGUUACAUCCUAUUGCACCAUUGUUAGUUCCAAGAGAAAGUAGGGAGAGAUGCGAAAUCAAUGGGUAUGAUAUCCCAUCUAAGACGAGGGUUCUUAUCAAUGCUUACGCCAUUGGAAGAGAUCCAAAAUAUUGGGCUGAACCUAAGAGCUUUAAACCUGAGAGGUUUGUGGAUAGCCUAAUUGAUUUCAAAGGCACUGAUUUUGAAUUAAUACCAUUUGGUGCCGGAAGGAGAAUGUGUCCAGGUAUCGCAUUUGCCUUACCCAAUGUUGAGUUACCACUUGCUAAGUUACUUUACCAUUUUGAUUGGAAACUGCCCAACGAAAUCAAGAAUGAAGAACUAAAUAUGACCGAGUCAUUUGGAAUGACCGUAGGAAGAAAACAUGACCUAUGCUUGAUUCCUAUUACUCGUCGUCGUCUUUGAUAACAAUUUCUUGAACAAACAUGUUCACAAAGUAUUUAAGUUUUGUAGCUAGUACUACUGAAAUAAAUGUAUCAAAUAAAAUUUCAAUUAUCCCA